GAAGUAAUCGCUACACGUCAACAAACUAGUUUGGGGUUAUAGGACAGGUUAGAUUAGCUUUGUCAGAGAUCGUCCAAAGUCGAAAUUUCAAUAUUCGUUUUUAAGUGUGUUAGUACAACUUUCAUUUUAGUAUAAUAUACAGUUACGUUGCGGUAAUUUACGCGAACGGCUAUUCUCGAUACAAAUUUGCGAUAUAAUCGGAUAUUUUUCUAGAAAAACACAGUAAAAAUGGGUCGUGUAUUUGUAAUUGGUGUUGGUAUGACGAAAUUCGAAAAGCCUGGGAGAAGAAAUGACGAUUAUCCAGAAUGGGGUAAAGAAGCCAUUAUAUCGGCACUUGAUGAUGCCAAGGUUAAUAUGAAAGAAGUGCAACUUGCAACCGCAGGAUAUGUAUAUGGUGAUUCCACUUGUGGACAAAGAGUAGUUUAUGAAGUAGGCAUGAAUGGUAUUCCUAUUUUCAAUGUUAAUAAUAAUUGUUCUACUGGUGCUAGUGCUUUAAUGUUGGCGAAAGAAUUGGUAGAAUCUGGUAAAUGUGAUUGUGCGCUAGCUGUUGGUUUUGAGAAAAUGGAAAGAGGUAGUCUUACUUCUAAAUUCAAUGAUAGAACAAAUCCCUUAGAUAAACAUGUUGAAGCUAUGUCUGAAAUGGCAGAUAUCGUCAAUGCUCCAAUGGCUGCCCAAAUGUUUGGUAAUGCAGCCAUAGAACACAUGAAGAAAUAUGGUACGAAACCAGAGCACUUAGCUAAAAUUGCUUACAAGAACCAUAAGCAUUCUGUAAACAAUCCAAAAAGUCAAUUCCGAGAUUUAUAUACGUUGGAACAAAUUUUACAAUCUCCCAAAGUUUAUGGUCCAUUAACUAAAUUACAGUGUUGUCCAACUAGCGAUGGUGCAGCAGCUGCCAUUCUAGCAUCCGAGAAAUUUGUUAAAACCCAUGGAUUGGAAUCAAAAGCAGUUGAAAUUUUGGGUAUGGAAAUGGCUACAGACUUACCUUCCACAUUUGGAGAUAAAAGCUUAAUGAAAGUGGUUGGUUAUGAUAUGACGAAAUUAGCAGCUGAACGUUUAUUCCAAAAGACAAAUAAGAGGCCUACUGAUGUUCAAGUUGUUGAACUCCAUGAUUGUUUUUCAGCUAAUGAACUUAUUACAUAUGAAGCCCUUGGGCUUUGUCCUCCUGGUAAAGCCGCAGAACUGAUAGACCGAGGGGAUAAUACAUAUGGAGGGAAAUAUGUAGUGAACCCUAGUGGGGGUUUGAUUUCCAAAGGCCAUCCACUUGGAGCUACAGGCUUAGCUCAAUGUGCUGAACUCACUUGGCAGUUGAGAAAUGAAGCUGGGCCCAGACAAGUUCAAGGAGCUAAACUUGCAUUACAGCAUAAUAUUGGUUUAGGAGGAGCAGUUGUGGUAGCGCUUUAUCAAUUAGGUUUCCCUCAAAAUAAAACUACAGGUGCAACUGCUGCUCAAAAUAAUGAUUUAAUAGGAGGUGAAAACUUCCAAGCCUCACAAUAUUUAAAGAUGCUUCAAAUUGCUAUGGAUGAAGAUGAAGAUAAUCUUAUAGAAAAACAUAGAGGUAUAUAUGGGCUGAAAGUGGUGAAAAAAACUGGAGAAGUAGGAUAUUGGGUUAUUAAUGCUAAAGUAGGCAAAGGAAAAAUUAUUUUUAAUGGAAAAGAUAAGCCAGAUGUUACUUUCAUAGUAAAAGAAGAAGAUGUAUUGGAUCUUUUGUCAGGAAAAAUACAGCCACAACGAGCAUUUUUCCAAGGAAAAGUUAAAAUUCAAGGCAAUCUGGGUGUCGCUAUGAAGUUGAUUGAGCUGCAAAAAACUGCAGCUGCUAAAAUUGAAGCCCUUAGGGCUAAGCUAUAAAAUAUUUAUCGGUGGAUGGCUAGCUAGCUAUUAGUAAUUCCUUUGAGUGCAAGUGAUGGUGUCUAAAGGCUAGUGGAUUAAUGUUGUGCAUAAACUGGGUAAUAUAUUAAAAGUUUUCUGAUAUAUUCUUUAGUAAAAAUGAAAUUGAAUUCAUUUUUAAAUCUUUGUUGUUUAACAAUUACAAUAUUAUUUCUUCAUAAAUUACAUUUAAAAGUGGAGUGUCAAAUUUGUACAGUUGUUCAUAUUUUAUUAUGUGUAAACAAUUAAUCCUUUGUAAAUGAACAAUCAUUUUGGAAUCAGUUAUGUUCAAUAAUCAUUUAGUAUAAAUUUAUUCAAUUUAAAUUUAAAAAAAUGUAUGCUCUUUAAUUUUCAAAUUAUAAGUGAAUUAAUUUUCAACAACUUUGAUUCAAUUUUUUAACAGUUUGAAAUUUCAUGAUACUUUGUAUGGGACUUAUUAAUCAUAGAUGGAAUUUUCUUAAACUGAAGUGGUUAUGGAUAUAUCUACCACUUUAUUUAUGAUAUGUUUAUAUAUUAUAUUUAAAUAAAUUAAGGAUAAGGGUUUUAUGAAUUAUACACUUUUUAUGGAUAUUGUUAUAAAUGUUAUAUUAUUCUAAUAAAUUCAUUUUUUCGUUAA